ACCGACCAACCGACAGUACGGCGCACGAUCGCUAACGAAGCGAACGGUUUUUGGCCACCUAGCAGCAGGUGUAGUGGUCGCCUCCGGCAGACGACGAAAGCUUAAGGGAAGUAACGCACGCCAGCCAGCCAGCCAGCCGGUUUGCUGUAACGCCCUUUAUACUCCUCGGCUUCGUGGUUGAAGUGUAGCAGAUUUUAUCGAACACGCACCAAAGCGAGCUGGCUGAAGGUCGCUCGAAGGCGGUAGACGAGAUUGUUUGCAAGUAAACGAUCGCACGGCUGUGAGUGAGAGCUGAGUUGAGCUGAGCUGAGGUGGGAAAACGAGUGAAAAGUGUUGCAAAAGUCGAACGACGAACGGUGCAAGCACGUGGUCAACGGUGGUGCAUCCAACGGCUGCUUCUAGCCGAGCUGCUGAGUAAUUAGCAGAACGAUAGCGUGAUACUGACUCCUCCGGGUACUGCUGUGAUAGUUAGUGAAACAAUAAGUUAAAAUGGCUACCAAGAAGGAUGGCGAGACGACAAAGAAGAACUGGAAUCUGGAUCCGAUCCAGCGGGCGAUGGGACAGCUCGGCUGGUGGCACAUACUCGUCUGUGCCGUUGUGUUUCCGUUAAAGUUCCCGGUGGCCUGGCAUCAGAUGAGCACCAUUUUCCUCGGACCGACCGUGAAUUAUACCUGCGCAUCGGAUCCGUCGCUGGAGCCGUGCGAUGAGGCGUGUACGAGCUGGGCCUACGAUAACAGCACGUUCAGAACGACGAUCACGAGCGAGUGGGAUCUGGUCUGCACCAAGGGCAAUCUGGUGAAGCUGGCACAAACCAUCUUUAUGUUCGGUAUCCUGGUCGGUGGUGUGCUGUUUGGAUCGCUGGCUGACAAAUACGGCCGCAGACCUCCGUUGGUGAUUGCCGUUCUCAUCCAGCUGGUGGCAGGCGUUGGCGCUGCAGUCAUCGGUUCGUUCUGGGUAUUUGUUGUGUUGCGUUUCUUGUCCGCAGUAGCCACCGGCGGUACCAUGGUUACCAGUUUCGUACUGGUGAUGGAAAUCAUCGGUCCCAAAUGGCGUGAGCUGUUCUCGGUUCUCUACCAGAUCCCGUUCAAUCUUGGCCACCUGACACUGGCCGGAUUUGCGUAUUUCCUGCGCGAAUGGCGUCAGCUCCAGUUUGCCCUUUCGAUCUUUUCCGUGCUGAUGGUGUCGUACUAUUGGUUGGUGCCGGAAUCCCCGCGCUACCUCUUCACCUCGGGCAACGUGGACGGAGCGGUGGCGGUGCUAGAGACGGCCGCCAAGCGCAACAAGCUACCGACCGAUACGAUCCGCAGCGAUAUCGAGCUGUACGCCAAGGAGAAGUCCCGCAACGCAUCGGCAUCCGACUCGAAGGGUAACGUGCUCGAUCUGUUCCGGACGCCGAAUAUGCGCGCCAAGACGCUGUACAUGUGCUUCAACUGGUUCGUCUGUGGAUUGGCGUUCUUCGGUGUGGCCCAGUACGUUGGCCAUGCCGGUGGUGAUAUUUACACGAACGUGGCGAUCAGUGCGGCACUCGAGCUGCCCGGUACGCUGCUCUGUAUCUACUUGAUGAAGGCGUACGGUCGCAAGAAGACGCUGAUCUUCUCCAACACUCUGACCGGCAUUUCGAUGUUAGCGAUCGCGUUCGUGCCACGGUCGGCCAGUGUGCUCAACGUUGGACUGGCCUCGGUUGGGUUGGUCGGGAUGAGCAUCAGCUUCCCGACGGUCUACCUGUACGCCGGUGAGCUGUUCCCGACGGUGGUCCGGAAUGUGGGCAUCGGUACGGCGUCGAUGAUUGCCCGGUUCGGUUCCAUGAUCGCUCCGUUCGUUGCCGGCUUUGGUUCGAUCGCGUACUGGUUGCCACCGUGCAUCUUCGGUGCCACGCCACUCAUCGGUGCGUUCUUUGUGUUCUUCCUGCCCGAAACGCAAGGCCAUCCGCUGCCGGAAACACUCGAGGAUGGUGAAAACUUUGGCAAGCGACACAAAACCGAUGGGCCAGCGAGUGUUGAGAAUGGCAAACACUAACCCGCAUUUCGAAUUCGAAUUAGAAUAGAGUUUUUUUAUGUUUCCUUUUUCUUUUUUACUCAUAUUGUUCCUUUCGCCACUGUCGACACUGUGGCCACUGUGUGUCCACACCAUUUGCCAGAGGCGAACCAUGAAUCUCCCUUUAAAUGAAUCUGCGAUUUUGGCGAUUCGUUUAGAUGCAAUAAAUUACGACAGAACGGACGCAGGUGAUGAAGCAGAGCAGGAAGGGAAGUGUAUAUUCACCACGCAAGAGAGUUCCAUAAUGACAAAUUUCGCUGAGAGGGAGGUGCCGAAGAGUAGGAGUGAUAAAUAGUAAUUUUAAUAUGCCAAUAAACCAAUGCGUAAACGAGA